AUGGAAAAGGAGAUUCGGAGAUUGAUAUCGGGAAACGGAAAAGCUGAAGUGGGGGGUAGGGGAUAUGAUAUAGGAGAAGAUGAUUGGGUCAAAAACAGCAAAUUACAGAAAGCUGGAAAUUCAACAAGCAGUCAGAGCAAUGAGCAGCCUAACGCAGAAAUUGACAUUCCCCAUCUGGGACAAAGCUAUGAGCAGCCAACAGGGUUGUUCAUCAACAACGAGUACGUGAAGGCACGGUCGGGCAAGACGUUUGACGUCAUUACACCGAUCACGGAGGACAAAUUGUGCACAUUGCAGCAGGCAGGUGCAGAGGACGUGGACUACGCGGUGCAGUGUGCGUCGAAGGCGUUCCCCAAGUGGAGGGACACGAAGCCGGAGGUCCGGGCAAGGAUCUUGUACAAGACGGCGGAGUUGAUGGACCAGCAAAGAGAGUUGUUGGCCCGGAUCGAGUCGCUUGACAAUGGAAAGUCCUUGCAGUGUGCCCGGUUCGAUGUCAACUUGGUCGUGGAGUACUUGCGGUCGUGUGCGGGCUACUGCGACAAGGUGGACGGCCGGACCAUGGAGACCGGCCCCGAGUACUUGACGUACACCAAGAGGGAGCCCUUGGGAGUGUGUGGUGCAAUUACGCCCUGGAAUUUCCCACUUCUCAUGUUUUCCUGGAAGGUGGGCCCCUCGUUGGCCACGGGAAACUGCAUGGUCAUCAAGCCGGCCAGUGCCACGCCCUUGAGCAACUUGUACGCGGCCUCCUUGUUCAAGCAGGCCGGACUUCCCGCCGGAGUCUUGGCCGUGAUCCCGGGAAGCGGCAGAACCUGCGGAAACGCCAUCUUGCAGCACCCAAAGAUCAGAAAAGUCGCCUUCACGGGCUCCACGUCCGUCGGAAAGAACAUCAUGAAGGGUGCAGCCGACACGAUCAAGAAAGUCACGUUGGAGUUGGGCGGAAAAUCGCCAAACAUCGUUUUCCAGGACUGCGACGUCCAGAAAACCAUCCAGAACUUGAUCACGGGCAUCUUCUUCAACGGCGGUGAGGUGUGCUGCGCCGGAAGCCGGAUCUACAUCCAGGCCACCGACGAAAAGUGGUACCGGGACUUCCUCGGCAAGUUCAAGGCGGCCGUCGAAGCCUUGAAGGUCGGAAACCCCUUCCAGGAGGGCAUUUACCAGGGCGCACAGUCCACACCUGACCAGUUCCAGACCGUCUUGGACUACCUGGACAUCGCCAAGAAGACUGGUCUCAAGUGCUUGACCGGGGGCCGCAGAAUCGGCACAAAGGGCUUCUUUGUCCAGCCCACCGUGUUCUACGACGUGCCCCAGGACUCCCAGUUGACCAAGGAGGAGAUCUUCGGCCCCGUCGCCGUUGUUUUGCCCUUCAAGACGAUCGAUGAGCUCGUGGAGAAGGCCAACGACUCCGAAUACGGCUUGGGAUCCGGUGUCCACACCACAGAUCUCGAUAAGGCCAUCUACGUGUCCAACAGACUCGAGGCCGGCUCUGUCUGGGUCAACACCUACAACGAUCUCCAGCAGAAUUCGCCUUUCGGUGGCUUCAAGCAGUCCGGAAUUGGUCGUGAGAUGGGUGCCGAGGCUUUGAGCAAUUACACCCAGGUCAAGUGUGUCCGGAUCAAGAUCCAGAAGCCCGAGCUCUGA